UCCUCAACAAACUCUGUCCCAUCUCAAUUGACUCUACAUAGUAUUAAUACCUCACACAAUCCUCAAGAUGUAACAAACCAACCCAUACAAUGGUUCUCUUUUCAACUUUCUCACAAACACUCUUAUACAUGUUCAUCUUCUUUCUUUUCAUCUCUCUUUCUUUCUCUCAAGAACAACCUCCCAUUGACCCACUUGAACAGAAAGCUCUCUACGAUGUUCUCAACUCCCUCAACCCAACCAUUCCUUGGACCACUGACUACCCCGACGACUUCUGUCUCUCCGCCCCACACGGUGUUGUUUGCGACUAUUACUCUUCUGAUGAUGUUCAAAAUCAACAACAAAAAGCACACAUUGUUGAACUCAACUUCGGUUACGUUUCAGAUGAAACACCUAACCCACCUUGCUCCCCUAACGCCACUCUCAACCCUCUUCUAUUCACCUCAUUCCCUUACCUUCAGAAACUCUUCUUCUACAAAUGCUUCAACUACACACAAUACCCACUUCACCUGACAUCUCUCCCUUCUCUCCCUCCAUCUCUCCAAGAGCUAGUCUUCAUUCAAAACCCUUCUCUCGUUUCUCCACUCCAACCUUUUCUCCACAACCUCACCUCUCUCAGGAGACUUGUUUUCAUCGGAAACGCCUUCCAUGGCGAACUUCCAUUAAAUAUCGGCGACUAUACAAACCUGGAAGAGCUAACUCUUUCUACAAACAAUCUCUCCGGCAUGAUUCCAGCAAGUUUGGGAAGGCUGAAGAAGCUCAAGAUUCUUGAUCUCAGUCAAAACAAGUUCAAAGGGUGUGUUCCCGAAGAGAUUGCAAAUCUCACUUCACUUUUGAAGCUUGAUUUAAGCUACAAUGGGUUUGAAUGUAAGAUCCCGGAGAGUUUUACCCACUUGAAAAAUAUGAAGUUUUUGGAUCUAAGUUUCAAUCUUUUUGGUAAUUUCGGUGUCCCUUUGUUCUUAGGAGAAAUUCCCAGUUUAAAGGAAGUUUAUUUAAGUGGGAAUUUACUUUCUGGUAAAAUUCCAGAAAUCUGGGGAAAACUUGGUGGGGUUGAAAAAAUUGGAUUUUCUGAAAUGGGGUUGGUAGGUGAAAUCCCAGUUUCUAUGGGGAUUUAUUUGAAGAAUUUGUCUUAUCUUGGGCUUGAUAAUAACAAACUUGAUGGGUCUGUUCCAGAAGAAUUUGGGCUAUUGGAGUUUGCUAAUGAAAUCAACUUGGAGAACAACAAUUUGAGUGGUAGAAUCUCUUUGCCAAGUAGAGUUGAGCAGAAGUUAAAGUUGGCAGGAAAUAUAGGGCUUUGUUUGGGAAACAAUGCAAGCUGUUCUUCUCAAAUUGGUGAAAGUUUGGGCCAGAUUAAUCCCUACAAAAUAGAAGAUAUUCUUCAUGAUCAUGAUGAUGUCCUUUUCAAUGGAAAUUCUUUGCUGCAUUUUGAUCCUCUAAUGUUGGUUUUGGUUUUGGUGGGGUGGUUGUUAUGCUUCACAUUGGAUGGAUGAAUAUGUUUUUGUCAUUUUUGACUAGUAAAGAAAUACUCUGAUCUGUUUACUCUAAUUAGGAAAAGGGUUUUGAAUUCAACAAGUGUAAAUGGAAAUGAUAGUGAUGGUAGUGUAGUAGUGAAGAAUUGUUUAUUUAGU